UGUAACUGUAAACUGUUUAACAUAAGGAAAAGUAUCUAAAAUGUAAACAAAUAAAUUUCUGCUUCUUAAAGCAAAGAGUUAUGGUUUGACUUUAAAAUCCUAGCAUAUUUUACUGCUCAUUUCUAAACAUAAUAAAAUUAAUAAAUAAACCAAUCUAAUAAUCAAAUGGUUAAGGGGAAAUAGCUUUUAUUGCUUUAUAAAUCAAGAUGUUUUCUCUAGUUGAAAUGAAGGAUACUAUUCGAAUACCACCCUGGUUGUUCGAGAAACCCUUGAAAGAUGCUGUAGCUGAUGAACUACGUUUAAAAUUUGCGAAUAAGGUUGUAUUGGAUGUUGGUUUGUGUAUAGCUUUGUUUGAAAUAACAAAACUAGAAGAGUCAUAUAUUUUUCCUGGAGAUGGUGCAUCCCAUACUAGAGUAUAUUUCAGCUAUGUCGUCUUUCGUCCAUUCAUGAAUGAAGUUUUGGUUGGCAAAGUAAGAAGUUUAAACAGAGAAGGCAUUUAUAUUACUUUAGGAUUUUUUGAUGACAUUUUUAUUCCAAAAGAUUAUCUGCAAACACCAUCAAAAUUUGAUGAAAAAUUACAAGCCUGGUUUUGGGUUUUCACAAAUGAAGAAGGUGAAUCUCAUGAUUUAAUUAUGGAAAAAGAAGAUCCUAUCAGGUUUCGAGUGUUAGAAGAAACAUUUGUUGACACCACCCCCACUUGUCCUGAAAGUGAAAAUAUGGAAUCAGAAGACAAAGAGCGUAGAAUUCCUUAUUCUUUGACAGGAUCAGUAAAUGAACCAGGCUUAGGUCUAUUGGAAUGGUGGAGUUGAAAGUGUAUGGUUAUUUUUGUAGAAACGAAUCACAUUAUGUGCCAUUAAAUGCAAGAACAAUAUCAUCCUGCAUUUUGUGGACUACUUUUUUGAUGUUAGCCUUAUGGUGACUACCAUUUAAAUGAUAUAUUUUCAUAUCACAUUUGUACAUAUAUUUGAGAUUUGUAUACAACAUUGAAAAGUAUUAAAAUGACAAAGUCAUAAA